AUGUGCUUCCUCACCCGUGGGCUGGCGCUGCUGCUGGGCGCGCUGCUGUGGGCGCCGUGGCGAGCGCUGCACGGGGCGCCACUGACCGAGCUCUCAGGGGACCAGGACUUCCAGCUCUUCCUGCAGAGGAACCUCGAGUUCACCCGCAAGAUCCGUGGGGAUGUGGCCGCGCUGCAGCGCGUGGUGUGUGACACCUUGCAGCUGUGCAAGGAGGACGAGCUGCUGCUGGUGCGGCAGCACCUGGACAUCGCCCAGGCGCCGCUGGAGCAGUGUCACAAGAGAACCUUCCAGGCGGAGACUUGCUUCAGCCAAAUCCGUGCCGGGCUCCACAUCUACCAAGGCUCUCUGGCCACCAUCCAGGCCCUGCUGCCCGGGCACGCUGGGCUGGUGGAGACCCUGCAGCUGGACAUGGCCAACCUGUCCUCCAACAUCCAGCAGCAGAUGGAGGACCUGGACCUGGCCACAGUGACGUACCCCACAGAGAACCAGGACCCCCUUCCCACCUUCUCCUCCCACUUCCACCACCAAGUCGGCGGCUUCUUCAUCCUGGCCAACUUCCAGCGGUUCCUGGAGACGGCGUACCGGGCGCUGCGGCACCUCGCCAGCCUCUGACCCCUGUUUGUGGAUGUCCCAGCUGAGGGACAUCCCGAGAGCACACCAUUUCCUGCUUAUUUAAUAUUUAUGGCUAUUUAAUAUUUAUCUGUCUGGGGAUGCUCCCCCACCUGCGGCCCCGGGCGGGUGCCAGGGGAUCCCGCGGUGGAUCCGUGCACAGGUACCUGUGCAGCAUCACCCUUGUUUAAUAUUUAAACAGAAGCGUAUCUCUGCUAUGAGGUUCUGGAGCUGGGCUGAGCCCCCACAGCUGCUGCAGGCACUGCCUGUGCCUCAGUUUCCCCACAGCUCGCACUGCUGGGGCUGCUGCAGCAUCCCACAGGAAACCACCUUCAUCCCAGGAUGAGGAUGCUCCAGAGCAGCAUCUCCCUGUCCGGGCUGCAGCCUGCAGGGACACAUCUGAUGGGUGUUACUUCUAGUAAUUAAUAUUUAUUAGCCAUUAGGGAGGGAGGGGAGGCAAAAUGGAAGAACCACAGGGAUGCAACAGCCUCACCAGGAUGAGGCUUUUCCAGGGAGCCCCAACACUUUGGGGAGCUGCAUCUCUGUCCCCCUUCCCUGCUAAACUCGGAGUACUUAUUGCAAUUUAACUUAUUUGUGCCCACCCCUGGCCGGAAAGAGCCACUUGGACACAUUCCCAUCCUCCUGAGCCUGACGCAGCCCCGGUCCCGUGGCUGUGUGGGAGCUCUGGGUGUGGGGGGUUUUUUGUACUGUAUUUAUUGCUGCAGCUGGGUGAGCCCUAAGAAACACCCGCUUUUUUCUAUGUGAUAAAAAAGGAAAUAAACUCUA